AUGAAGCAGAUAGAAAGAAGUCUCAAAGAGAUGAUUCUUAUAAAAGAAAUAUGGAGAGACAAAGAGAACUUUCACAUAAAAGAGAGGCUAGAAAAAAAUGAAGAUUAUAGAAGGGCUGAAGCAGAAAGUAAAAAAUGUCAACGAAAAAAUUCUGCUAUAAGACAGAUGAAAAGAGAAAAAGAACUUGCUUCUAAAAGAGAGGCUAGAAAGGAUGAAAAUUAUAGAAUGGCUGAAGCAGAAAGUAAGAAAUCUCAACGAGAAAAUUCUGAUCUAAGACAGAUGGAAAGACAAAGAGAACUUGCUUCUAAAAGACGGGCUAGAAAAAAUAAGGAUUUCAAUAUAAGAGAACUUGCUUCUAAAAGAGAGGCUAGAAAGGAUAAAAAUUAUAGAAGGGCUGAAGCAGAAAGUAAGAAAUCUCAAAGAGAAAAUUCUGAUAUAAGACAGAUGGAAAGAGAAAGAGAACUUGCUUCUAAAAGACGGGCUAGAAAAAAUAAGGAUUUCAAUAUAAGAGAACUUGCUUCUAAAAGAGAGGCUAGAAAGGAUAAAAAUUAUAAAAGGGCUGAAGCAGAAAGUAAGAAAUCUCAAAGAGAAAAUUCUGAUAUAAGACAGAUGGAAAGAGAAAGAGAACUUGCUUCUAAAAGACAGGCUAGAAAAAAUAAGGAUUUCAAUAUAAGAGAACUUGCUGCUAAAAGAAAGGCUAGGAAAAAUGAAGAUUUCAAAAGAAACGAAACAGAAAAGAAAAAAAAUGCCAGACAAGAUGAAAACUACAGAAAACAUGAGUCCAAACGAGACUUCCACAGAAAACAAGAGUAUAGGUCACAUCCAGAAAAUUUAGAAAAUGAGCGUUUGAAGAAACAGAGUUGUAGACAGAAAAACCUAGAUAUAGACAGAUAUUAUGAUAAGACCGUCAAAAGCGCUAAAAGAAAAAACAUUGAUUUCACAGAUCAUGAGAAAGACUUAAAAAAGAAAAGAGUUCAAGCCAACAAAAUGGGAUUUCCUCAAAGACCAAAAGAAUUAAAUUUGUAUCCUUUAGAAGAGAGACUGUUGUCACUAAGAAUUCCUUUUAUGCAGAUUCGACAGUUGCCUAGAGGUGGACAGUUAUCAGUUAAAGGUAAUGUUGUAAAUGUACCUGUUGAAGUUCAACCUACAAUUAAUUCACUUCCACAUACAUUAGAGAAAUCGGGUACAAUAUCAGUUAAACUGAAGAAAAAGCUGGAAUUCAAAAAGUGUGAUUUUAGUGAAAAUGUAAGACCAUUUGCUGUCAUUUGUGCAUUACAUUAUUUGAUGAGAACAAGAGACUUGUACAAGUCUUCAGGAAUAGAAAUAAAUGAGGAUUGGAUUACAGAAAUAGCAGAAACAAAUGAAAAAGAAACACAAAAUGAAAAAAAUAGUACAGAACAAGACGAUGACCAAGAUCAAAAUGACUCAGAAGAUGAUUCCGAUCAUUUUAGUGAAGUAGAUGAAAAAGAAAUACAUGUUGGAAACACAGAUACACUGUUAGAUCAUAUUCCAGACGACAAUCCACUAUGUGACACAGGUUUUACUUUUGCUCCUGGUGAAGGUCAACGACCAAUUAGUCUCUACAGUGAUCCUGAUGCAGAGUGCUUAUCUUUUCCAACUAUAUUUUGUGGUAAAAAAAAGGCCAGAUAA